AUUUCAACACAAAAAUGUCAGAAACAGUGAUAUCUUAACUAUCACAAACAAUUAAUAAGGAGAAAAACUGAAAAAGAAUGAUGUUUCUUUUAGUACUCAUAAGCCUUACAAAAUGGUUUUGGUACCAUAUGAUUAUCAAAACUUGUUAUCAAACUGCAAGGAUAUUGAUACAUAAUGGCUUUAAUUUUGUUGAUCUUUCAUCUAAGCCACUUCAACAACCUUCAAAUAUUCCUAGCAUUUUGAAUUGUGAUUUGGAAGGUAGAGAGUCACAAACACUUGUUUGUGAUAUUCAUAGUGUCCUCUUAAAGACUCAUUAUUUCUUUCCUUAUUUCAUGUUAGUUGCCUUUGAAGGUGGUAGCAUUUUAAGAGCUUUUCUAUUACUUUGUUCAUGUCCUAUAUUAUGCUUUUUGAGCUAUGAACAUAAACUUAAAGUCAUGAUCUUCAUCACUUUUUGUGGACUUAAAAUUAAGGACAUGGAAAUGAUUGCAAGGGUAGUUUUACCAAAGUUUUACAUGGAGAACCUUAACCUUAAAGCUUAUCAGGUUUUGGUCUCAGUAGGGUGUAGAGUUUUCUUCACUUGUGUGCCUAGAGUUAUGGUGGAAGGGUUUCUUAAGGAAUAUUUGAAUGGUGAUGAUAUUGUUGCCACAGAGUUACACACUGUUGGAUGCUACUUCACUGGUUUGAUUUCUAGGCAUGGUUUGGUUGAUAAGGAUAGUGCUCUCAUUGAUUAUUUUGGAUAUAGAAGACCUGAUUUAGGAAUUGGAAGCACAUGUGUCAAUGAUCAUCAUUUUAUCUCUUAUUGUAAGGAAGCUUAUGUGGUGAGCAAUGAAAUAUGUCCAAGCUCAAUUAUGCCAAGGGAAAAGUAUCCAAAGCCAUUAAUAUUUCAUGAUGGCAGGCUAGCAUUCUUCCCUACACCUUCAUCAACUCUCUACAUGUUCAUGUGGCUUCCAAUGGGAAUUCUGUUAUCUACAUAUAGAAUUUUUCUUGUGUUGAACUUUCAUUACAAAUGGACACUAUCAUUAAUAACAUUUAAUGGUAUAGUUCUUAAUGUCAAAGGCUUUAGUAACCCUCAAAGAUAUUUAGAACCAAGUAAAGGGGAACUCUAUGUUUGUACACAUAGGACUUUGUUAGAUCCUGUUUUUCUUAGCAUGAGUCUGAGAAAACCUUUGAGUUGUGUGACUUACAGCAUAAGCAAAGUGUCGGAAUUCUUCGCUCCUAUUCGGACAAUGAGUUUGACAAGAGACAGAGAACAAGAUAGGGAAACAAUGCAAAGGUUGCUUAGGGAAGGUGAUUUAGUUGUGUGCCCUGAAGGAACAACUUGUAGGGAACCUUAUUUAUUAAGGUUUAGUUCACUUUUUGCUGAAAUUGCUGAUGAGAUUGUUCCUGUGGCUAUGAAUGCUAAUGUGAGUUUGUUUUAUGGUACAACAGCUAGUGGAUUAAAAUGUUUGGACCCUUUUCUAUUUUUGAUGAAUCCAUGGCCAAGUUAUAACAUUGAAAUGCUUGAUAAAGUUCCAAAAGAACUCACUUGUGCUGGUGGAAAGUCUCCUUUUGAAGUGGCUGAUUAUAUACAGAAAGAAUUGAGUGAUGCUUUGGGAUUUGAGUGCACCAAUAUUACAAGGAGGGAUAAAUAUAUGAUGUUAGCUGGGAAUGAUGGUUAUGUCUAGUGUAACCUACAUCACAAGCAAUACAUAGAUGUCUAGUGUAUGCUCACUAAUAUAUAUAAUUCAACUUAGAUUUUAAGAAGGAAAAGUAAUAUAACAUCAAUCUGUAAGUGUUUGUGUGUGAUGUAAUGUAAGUGACUCAUUUCUCAAUAAGUAAAAACUAGCUUCGGUCCUCACUAACAAA